GCACCUUGUCAGCGUCCCACGGCCGCUUAUAUCUUUUCUCUAAGACCCGCCUCCUGGGCUUCCUGGACUGGGGCCAGCGGAGCAACAAUAAGGAACUGAAUUAUUCUGGAACUGCAUCAGCUUGAAAGAAGACCCCGAGAUCCAGAUGAGGACGCAGCUCACCGUACGACUUGCUAUUAGCCUUAUGAGACACUGAGCAGCUGUGCCCAGAUGCCUGACUACAGAAUUCCCUACUGCCAGGCCAAUGAGCACGGUCGUCCGUUGGGCAGACAUUCAGCUUGGGAAGGUGCGAAUGGGACUGGAGAAUAGAAUCAUCCCAUGACAAGCAGCCUAGGCUCCUUCCUGCUUCCUGCUGGCCUCUGCCUGAGGCUGGCUUCCUGUCUGCUCAAAACAACAUCCUGGACUUGGACUAGGAGUACGUGGGGGGCCCAAACAGAGCAAUUGCCAUUUCCCUCCUGCGAGGCUAAACCACUCCCUGGACCUGCCCCAGCCUGUGAUGUCUGAAACAGCAAAGGCUUAUUUACCUGGGCUUCUGCCUCAUACGAGAGGACGAGGAGGGGGAUUUAAAGGGUGGUCCAGGACACAAGAGGAGGCUGACCCUGUGGGCCUUGGGGAAACGCCAAGUACAGUGCCUGUCACGAAUGCCAGCACCCUUCCCAUGCUCCGAACCCCCGUGUGGAACGAUUCCAGACAUUUGCCUGGUGCUUUCAGUUUGCAGGGCACCCCUCCACCCCCCCGUGGCACCCACUGGCGGGCAGGCAGGCACCGCCGGGCUUGCUGUGAGGCCUCUGGGACCGACCCACUUGCCCAGUCCUGUCCUGGGGGUGGGGUGGGGUGGGGGUGCAGUGACGGCAGAUGGGCGUGCCAGCCGCCAGAUUCCUGAGACCCGCCCUGCAGUGGGAGUCUUCAGAGGUGAAGCCGUUGUUUAAAACCUGGGAGCCAGGAGACGGGACCCCCACAUUCAAGGGGUGCUCCCAGACAGGCGACCUGAAGCAAAGAACAGCGGCAGCACGGAGCCAGGCUGCUUUGAUCUGUCCCAGGGGAAGGCCUGUCCAGGGAUCACCCCAUUGGCUGAAGAUGAGGCCACCACUCCUUCUCCUGUGUUUUGCCUUGCCCAGCCUGCUGUACGCCCAGCAACCCUGCUCCCGCGGGGCCUGCUAUCCACCUGCUGGUGACCUGCUCAUUGGGAGGACCCGGUUUCUCCAAGCUUCGUCAACCUGUGGACUGACCAGGCCUGAGACCUACUGCACCCAGUAUGGCGAGUGGCAGAUGAAAUGCUGCAAGUGUGACUCCAGGCUGCCUCACAAUUACAACAGUCACCGAGUGGAGAACGUGGUUUCGUCUUCAGGUCCCACACGCUGGUGGCAGUCACAGAAUGAUAUGAACCCUGUCUCUCUGCAGCUGGACCUGGACAGGAAAUUCCAGCUUCAAGGCAUCAUGAUGGAUUUUAAGGCGCCCAUGCCCGCUGGAAUGCUGAUCGAGCGCUCCUCAGACUUCGGCAAGACCUGGCACGUGUACCAGUACAUGGCUGCCGACUGCUCCUCCGCCUUCCCUGGCGUCCGCCAGGGCCAGCCUCAGAGCUGGCAGGAUGCUCGGUGCCAGUCUCUGCCCCGGAGGCCUAACGCACACCUAAAUGGAGGGAAGGUCCAACUUAACCUUAUGAAUUUAGUUUCUGGGAUCCCAGCAACUCAAAGUCAAAAGAUUCAAGAACUGGGGGCGAUCACAAACUUGAGAAUCAACUUCACCAUGCUGGCCCCUCUGCCCCAGAGGGGCUACCGUCCCCCCAGCUCAUACUAUGCAGUGUCUCAGCUGCGCCUGCAGGGGAGCUGCUUCUGUCACGGCCACGCUGACCGCUGCGCCCCGCAGCAUGGAGCCCCUGCCGGCCCCUCCACCACUGUGCAGGUGACAGUCCAGGGUGGGAGGGGCAAGACCAGGGCAGACGGAGGACAUCCUAUGGCAGACAGAGGUGCUGGUCCGAUGUCAGCCCGGGUCUCUACAUUUUCAGGGUGUGACUGCAACGGGCACUCGGAGACAUGUCACUUCGACCCUGCUGUGUUUGCCACCAGCCAGGGGGCACAUGGAGGGGUGUGCGACAACUGCCGGGACCACACCGAGGGCAAGAACUGUGAGCGGUGUCAGCUGCACUAUUUCCGGAACCGGCGCCCUGGUGCUCCCAUUCAGGAGACCUGUAUCCGUGCGGCCAAGAUCAGGGCCGCCGAGGAAGCCGCCUCGCAGGUGCAGUCGGAUGCUCAGCGCCUGGAGACCCAGGUGAGCACCAGCCGCUCCCAGAUGGAGGAAGAUGUCAGGCGCACUCGGCUUCUCAUCCAGCAAGUCCGGGACUUCCUCUCAGACACCUUUGUCUCCCUGACCCUGGCUUCAUUUCUCCCUACCCUAGCCUGUGACUGUGACUUCAGGGGAACCGAGAGUCCAGGCUGUGACAAGGCCUCCGGCCGUUGCCUCUGCCGCCCCGGCUUGACCGGGCCCCGCUGCGACCAGUGCCAGCGAGGCUACUGCGACCGCUACCCGGUGUGCGUGGCCUGCCACCCUUGCUUCCAGAACUAUGACGCGGACCUCCAAGAGCAGGCCCUACGCCUCAGCAGCCUCCGAAACGCCACUGCCACCCUGUGGCCUGGGCACGGAGUGGGAGAUCCCCACCUGGUCUCCCGGAUCCUGGAGGCAAAGAAGAAGAUCGAGCAGAUCCAAGCAAUUCUCGGCGGCGCCCCGGUCACAGAGCAGGAGGUGGCCCAGGUGGCCAAUGCCAUCUUCUCCAUCAGGCGGACCCUCCAGGACCUGCAGCCCAAUCUGGUCCUAGAGGAGGAAAGCGUGUCGCUCCCGGGAGACCUGGAGAAUCUGGACAGAAGCUUCAAUCACCUCCUUAUUAUGUAUCAGAAUAAGAGAGAGCAGUUUGAAAAAAUCAGCAGUGCCGAUCCUUCAGGAGCCUUCCGGCUGCUGACUGCAGCCUACCAGCGGUCAUCCCAGGCCGCCCAGCAGGUCUCUGACAGCUCCCGCCAGCUUCUCCGGCUCAGGGACAUCCGGAGAGAGACAGAGAGGCUGGAGCAGCAGUUGGGAGGAGGAGGAGGAGCUGGUGGUCCCCAGCUGACAGCCCUGAGGCAGGAAAUGGCUUCCUUGCCUGAUCUGACACCCACCAUCAACAAGGUGAGUCAUGGAUGGCGUGGAGCCCCACUUCCCAGAGCCCCCUGCCCCCGCUUGGGAGCUGCUUCUGUCACGGCCACGCUGACCGCUGCGCCCCGCAGCAUGGAGCCCCUGCCGGCCCCUCCACCACUGUGCAGCUCAGCAGCCUUCCUUGCAGGCUGUGACUGCAGCGUCCUGGGGUCCCGGCAGGACAUGCCGUGUGACGAGGAGAGUGGGCGCUGCCUGUGUCUGCCCCACGUGGUGGGCCCCAAAUGUGACCAGUGUGCUCCCUACCACUGGAAGCUGGCCAGCGGCCGGGGCUGCGAGCCGUGUGCCUGUGACCCAAACAACUCCCUCAGCCCCCAGUGCAACCAGAUUUCGAGUUCCAUGAGGACAGGGGCCGAGUCUAACUGGAUUUUUAGUCUCAGCUCCCCACGUGCUGCUGUUCCGAGCAACCCUGACACCGAUGCAGCCACCAUCCAGGAGGUCAGCGAGGCCGUGCUGGCCCUGUGGCUGCCCACGGACUCUGCCACCGUCCUACGGAAGAUGAAUGAGAUCCAGGCUAUCGCAGCCAGGCUUCCCAACGUGGACCUGGUGCUGUCCCAGACCAAGCAGGACAUCGCCAGAGCUCGCAGGCUGCAGGCCGAGGCCGAGCAGGCCAGGAGCCGAGCCCACGCCGUGGAGGGCCAGGUGGAGGACGUGGUGGGGAACCUUCGGCAGGGCAUGGUGGCGCUGCAGGAGGCUCAGGACACCAUGCACGGCACCAGCCGCUCCCUUCGGCUUAUGCAGGACAGGGUUGCUGAGGUUCAGCAGGUCCUGGGGCCAGCAGAAAUUCUAGUGACGGGCAUGAUGGAGCAGCUGGGUGACUUCCGAGCACGGAUGGAGGCGCUCCACCGCCAGGCCGAGCAGCAGCGGGCACAGGCAGCCGAGGCCCAGCAGCUCGCGAAGGGCGCCAGGGAGCGAGCGCUGAGCGCCCAGGAGGGAUUUGAGAGAAUAAAACAAAAAUAUGCUGAGCUAAAGGACCGGUUGGGUCAGAGCCCCAUGCUGGGGGAGCAGGGCAGCCGGAUCCUGAACGUCAAGACGGAGGCAGAGGAGCUGUUUGGGGAGACCAUGGAGAUGAUGGACAGGAUGAGAGACAUGGAGUCCGAGCUGCUUCGGGGGAGCCAGGCCAUCAUGCUUCGCUCGGCAGACCUGACAGGGCUGGAGAAGCACGUGGAGCAGAUCCGCGACCACAUCAACGAACGUGUGCUCUACUACGCCACAUGCAAAUGAUGGUCCAGCGGCCAGCCCCUGGCCCCGGUAUCUGCCCUCUUCUCUUUGCAGGGCAGACUGGGUUGGAAUGCUUUCUACUCCUUUUGUGUAGCCCAAAGCACUGCCUGGGCCACCGCGACUCCGCAGCUGUUACGAUUAGUCUGUGCUGCAGCCGAGCCUGAGCAGAUGGUACAGCCACAUUUGAGGGACAGAGAUGGUGGAAGCGGGCCACGCCACUGUGACCAGGAGCUCUCAAGUGGAGGGAGCUUGGCUGAGCAGCAACCUCGCCCUUCGUUCUCCACGGAGGCUGAAUCCUCCGUGGAGAAAAACUUAACCCAAAAUGAUGUACAAAUAAAAGGCCCAGUAUAAAUCUUUGGAAAGGAGCCUGGAGGUUCAAAGAGGGAAAAUGGUCUGUCUCCCAUUAAGUAAACAUUUGUCACUUG